CAGUGUCGAUAUUCACCGUAACAUCUAAGAGUAUGACCGUGCAGUGGAGCAGAUGCUCAGGAGCCAGUUCCUACAAGAUCACAGCAACCUCCAAGAACUCCCUGGAUACCUCAGCCUUCGCCCAGUUCGGUGCCAACUCUGUGAUGGGCUCCAUCAACUCUCUAACCCCCAACAACAUGUACAUCAUCAGGGCUGAGGCCAUGGAUAACAGCCUGAAUGUUUUGAGCCAGGCUGAAGUAGAAGAGACCACCGCUUCUGAGGUGCCCACCAUCAACAUGGCAACAUCAAAACAGAGUGAGAGCAUGACCGUGGAGUUCACUCAGGUGUCCGGUGCCACUUCCUACAUCCUGCGUGCCGAGACCGCCGACAUGUCCUUCUUCUGCGAAACCAAGGUGUCCUCUUCCCCUGGGACCGUGCUCAACCUUCAGGCCUACACCGACUACACUCUCAGUGUCAUGUCCGUCAACAGCGGAGGCAGAAGCCAGCCUUCCCUCCCUGUGGUAGCAAAGACAGUGGUUGCUGCGCCCAAGCUCAACUCCACCUCUCCCAGCAAUGACACCAUUGUGGUGGGGUGGGAGCCUGUGGACCACAUUUUCCUGUACACCAUUAGCAUCAUCAUGGAGGGCUCAGACAGCAGGGUGAAGCUCAACACCACUGACACCAGCGUGACCUUCUCUGGCCUGGAGGCUGGGACAACCUAUUGCAUCAAGGGCAACGCCUGGGACCCCGAGAAAAGACAGGGAGACGACUUCACCGUCUGCCAGAUCACACGUCCAUGCAUCCCUGUGCUCACUGAGUUGGAGGUGAGGAUGGUGGGCUCUGAGGCUGGUCUGUCUGUGUCCUGGGCUCCAUCUCAGGGGGCAGGGGAGUACCUGGCCUUCAGCUCCGAGGGGCUGAACUGUACCUCUACCACCGGCACCUGCACCCUGGCCCCCGUGGGGUGUGGCCAGAGACACACCGUCACCGUGACAGCCAUCAACGAGGGAGGACCCAGCAGCAUCCCUUCUGCUCCUGAGGAGUUCAUCACCUUCCCCUGCCCACCAGAGCCUCUGCGUGUGGAGGAGACCAAGGCAGGUAAUUGCUCUGUGUUGUGGGACGCCAUUCCCUACACCGACACCUACGUGGCCUUCAUCAAGAGGGAUGAUGGUCAGGAGGAGAGGUGCAACACCAGCUCCACCAGCUGUAACUAUCACUGCCAGUGUGGAUACACCUACCUGAUGACUGUGUUCGCCUUCAGCCCGGCUGGAUCCAGCCCACCGGGCCCCGUGCUCAACUACACCACCUUACCCUGUUGUCCCGAGGAUGUGUUCAUCUCCCUGGCCUCCCCCGGCACCCUGGAGAUCAUGUGGUCAGCAGUGCGCGGGGCUGAGGUGUACGAGACGCGGGCGGUGGAAGGGUCAGAGGUCAUCCUGUGUAACGACACGGCACCCGUGUGCGCUCUCUCCGACCUCACCUGUAACAGCCCCUACAGUGUGGUGGUGAUCCCCUGUAAUGAGAUUAGAGGGUGCAACCACACCUGCAGAUCACACACCAAGGAGACAGCUCCCUGUAUGCCAGAGAUCCUGAAUGUGACCCAGAUUAACACCACCAGUGUCAAUGUCAGCUUUAGUGCUCCCAACAGAGCAGGUGCCACCUACAAAGUGAGCGUAGUGGCCCAGGACAACAGAAACACCUGCACUUCCAGAGGAACUUCCUGUGAGAUACUUGACCUACCCUGUGGCGAGGUCUAUGAGGUCAGCGCCAUAGCAACCACCACCGUGGGCGACAGUUUUCCCAGCUACAGUGUUCCACUGGAAACAGCACCCUGUUGCCCGGCAACCCUUAACGUUGAACAGGUGACUCAGGCCAUGACCAAUGUCACCUGGUCGAUGGCGAGAGGCACACACACCUACAUGACCUCUCUGACCUCACCGAAAGGCAACGCCCGCUGCCACACCCUGGACACCCACUGCCUGAUGGGAUGCAUCACCUGCGGAACAAACUACACCGUCAGCAUGGAGGCCAUCAGCCGCACUGGACACAUGUCUGAGUGCACCUAUCAUGGCUUCUCAUCCAGUGCUUGUUGUCCAUCGGGCGUGAAGCUGUACAGGAUGGCCAACAACACGCUGCGUGUAUACUGGCGUUCCACUGGCGGUCUCCAUAACUACACGGCCAAGAUGGUUGGUAGCCAGUCCAACUACACCUGCACCCCUCCCCCCGGGGGCAACACCUGUGAAGUGCCGGAGAUCAUGUGUGGGGACGUCUACAACGUAGUGGUGGCCCCUCUCACCCAGGACGGAGCCAUGGUCCAGUUCUGCCCCCAGAGGAUGUACUCAGUUUCCUGCUCGGGAAGCAAUGUUGGAAUGGUAAUCUAUCGAGGAAAGAGAAGUCUGGACUAGCAGAUGUUCCCAGUCCCGUAGAUAUCAGGAGGAGCAGAGACAAGCUUCCCAUCCUCAUUCCCCCAACAUGUCUACCAAUCCCCAAGAGGAAGUGAACCUCUCUACAAAAUAUCCCAGCCUAAAUUAUAGCUUCGUUUAAGACCUGUUUUUUGGAUGUGCAAAACAUUUACAGUUACUGAUCUGAACAAAUAUACUGAAUUUAACAACAAAUUCAUCCUGAAUAAGUAGCUUUAUUUUUAUUUUUAUCUAACACUUUUUUUAUUAAGUGUUUUCAUCAUUGUUUUUAAUAAGAAUGAGAAAUUAAAUGUUUUUAUUUGGAUAAAUGUCAGCAAAAUGCAAUAAAAAGUACCAACUAUUAAUGCUACUUAAAAGAUAAGUAGUUACCAGACUAAAUGUGGAUUAAAUAUAUUAAAGUAGAUGUGUAUUCAGAAUGUUCCACAUUUAAAUCCAUGUAUUGAUUGUACAAAAGUUUACAGAAUUGUACAUCAUGCACAGUAAUUGAAAUGUUUGAUAUUAAAACUGAAACUCAAAUGGCAACUAUCGAUCAUUAAUUGGAAAUGUAAAAAACAAAGAUGAACAACAUUUAAUAAUUGAAGUAGAGUAGCCUUUCCUGCAGUCAAAUGACCAAAUCGUCCUCUAAUGGCCUCAUG